AUUCAUCCACUUUUUUCCCUACAUAAAUCCUUUUUUGUUUUCUCAAUUGUUUUGUCCAGUCUACAUUAAAGCAAGCAUCAUCAAGAAACCAACUUUGAACGAAGAAGUAUAAUUAUUCAAAUGGGUUUUAGAAUUAGCAAAAAUCAUGCCAAUGGAGAGGCUCAGAGGCACAUUGGUCUUGGUCUGAAGAGAAAACAGGACCUUAAGCAUUGCCCUUUUUGCCUCCUAUGAUUUAAUAUGUUUUUGGAGAUGAAUUCAAACAGCCUGAAUUUAUUCCUCUUAAAUAACCUAUAGAAAUUCCUUCCUCUGAUUUUGCUCUUUCCAUGUUUUCUCUCACAAAGACCUUAUAUUCAACCAUUUUUCUCGAGAACCAAACAGGAACUACUUUCUCUCAAAAAAACAGAACAAAACAAAAAGCUAAAGAAACACACACACCAAGAUUUUACCAUGCACUUCCCGUAGCCAUUCACACCCCAAAAAGCUAAUCACCUCCAAGCUCUCCAUCAAUAUUGCUUUUGAUCAAAUGGGUACAGCAACAUCAUCCAUGGCAGCGAAAUUUGCUUUCUUUCCACCAAAUCCACCAUCUUACACCAUAUUAGUGGAUGAAGAAACUGGAAAGCUCAGGCUCUCGUCAGACGUAAUCCACCAGAGGGACAACGUCGAUAUUCUGAAGUUAUGUACCAAGAAAGGCAAUGAGAUUGUUGCUACGUAUGUGAAGAAUCCUUCAGCUUCAUUGACAGUGUUGUAUUCUCAUGGCAAUGCUGCUGAUAUUGGCCAGAUGUAUCAUGUUUUCACUGAGCUUAGCUCGCACCUUAAUGUUAAUCUUAUGGGGUAUGAUUAUUCUGGCUAUGGACAGUCUUCUGGAAAGCCAAGCGAGCAUGACACCUACUCUGACAUAGAGGCUGCGUAUAAAUGCCUUGAAGAGACAUAUGGAGUGAAGGAGGAAGACACUAUAUUGUAUGGCCAGUCAGUAGGGAGCGGACCUGCUCUUGAAUUGGCUACUCAUUUGCCUGGACUGAGGGCUGUAAUUCUUCACAGCCCUAUCCUGUCUGGCCUUCGAGUCAUGUAUCCUAUCAAGAAAACUUUCUGGUUCGACAUUUACAAGAAUAUUGAUAAAAUUCCGCUAGUCAAUUGUCCAGUUCUUGUAAUUCAUGGAACAGAAGAUGAAGUUGUGAAUUUCUCUCAUGGGAAGCAGCUCUGGGAGCUUUGCAAAGAGAAGUAUGAACCACUGUGGCUCAAAGGAGGAAACCACUGCAAUCUGGAACUCUACCCAGAGUACUUGAAGCAUCUCAAGAAGUUCACAUCUGCCAUCGAAAAACUGCCGCCGCAUCUUCGAAACGUAUCUGCACAAAGUACAGAUCAACCUGAACAACCCUUGAAUGCAGCAGAAUACAAAGCGGAUAAGCCAAGGCCAAGCACAGAUCAUAAAGAGAAGGCUAGGCCUAGUUUUGGACAGAGAGAAAAAUCCAGGCUAAGCACAGACAAUAGAGAGAAAGCAAGAGCCAGCACUGACAGAAGAGAGAGGACGCGAAAGAGCAUUGAUCGCGUGGGGAAGGCAAGAAAUAGCACAGAUCAGCAAGAGAAAGCGAGGAACAGCUUCGACCGGUUGGGAGACAUGGUGAGGUCUGUUGGAUUGUGCAACGUUGAUUGUCUUAAGCAGACAGCUGCCGAGGCCUGAUCAGGUCAAGUUACCUUGUGGAUUCUCAAGUCUUUGUGAAGGCUCUGGCUUAGUACAGCAACAAUGUUGAACCUAAAUAGUCCUGGAUCACUUGAGCAAAAAUGGGAAAUGCCUUAGGUGCAGCCAUUGGAGCUUUCAACAUAGCAUCUAGGCGAAUGGAGUUUGGUCAGCCAGCAAUCAUCAUCUAUUCCCCGCAACUUAUUUGUUUAUUUAUUUCCCUGAAUUUCAUAACCUUCCUCCUCCGUUUUGCUGUUUGCUUUUGCUUGUUGAUAUUCUAUGUGAAUACUUGUAGCUGAAAUGAUCAUACUUGCUUUGGCAAUCCAGUGAAAAAUCUUCAUGAAA